CGGGAAGUGUGUCCGUUGCUGCGGGCCACAUGCUCUCCUCCCAAGGUUUUCCCGGACAUAAUAUACACUUCAUCAUCUGCUAAUGGACGUUGUUUGGCAUGCGAGGGAGCUUUGUGGUAUAUCUAUGUCAAAUCCAUCUCAUGCGAACUGGGUGAAUCAACUUCAACCACUUUCAAUUGCAGGAGUGGUAUUUGCCGGCGGAUCGUCAUCAUCGUCAUGGGCUUGUCAUGGUCUGUCUGGUGAUCAUGCACACUUUCAUCCCUCAACAAUAUUCAGUAUAUCAAGACGCAAUAUGCCCCUCCAUCACGGUCGAUCUUACCUGGAAGAGGCAUAUGCCACGGAGAAGAUACUCCUGCUGAAGCAUCUAACUCAAAUUGAGAAUGAAACAGGUUGGAGGACUUCCGAUCGUGCCGCAGAUCUAAAAAAGCUAUGGGGAAUCUGACGGGAAGGAUAUCAAUCCUAGAAUACCUGUAGAGAAUAGCUCGUGG